AUGCUCAAGAAGUACGUCGAAUUGGGUGAACAAAUCAAGGACAAGAAAUACGCCGUCGAAUAUGUCCAAGAGCUCGGACGGCGUCUGCUCGUCAAGAACCCGAAACUGAACGUGGUCAAGGAGAAACUGGAACAACUCCAGUACGCCAUGGCCGAGAUUGCCAACAUUUGGAAGUCGAAGUUGACGGAGAUCUCGCGCCGUGGUAAUGUGAUGGCUGGCGAAGGCCAUUUCGAUGCGGCUCGAAUCAUUUCUACCGUCAAGAGCCUCCUCCGCCGCUUUGAGCAGUUGACCGGCCCUUGCUCAGCACGUCGUACGGCGCUCGAGGAAUCCCUGAAGUGGCACCAACUCGCCUUUGACGUCGACUGCGAACUCCAAUGGAUUGCCGAAAAGGAGCCGCUGGCCGCUUCCGAAGAUACGGGCCGCACCCUGACCGAGGCGCUGAACGUCUUGAAGAAGCACGAGCAGCUCGAGGCCGAGGUCAAUCAGCAUAGCCGCCACAUCGAGGGCACCAUCCAUCGUGGUGACGACCUCAUCAAGGGACAUCACGCAGCACAGGCUGACAUCAAGGCAAAGUGUGAUCAACUGGCCGGCGCCUGGGCUCACCUACAGCAGCUCGUUCGUCGCCGCAAGCGCAUCGUCGACUGGGGUGUGAAGGAGCAGCAAUACAUGUUUGACGCUGCCGAGGUCGAGUCGUGGAUGGCGGAGAAGCGGAUCCUGAUCGAAUCCCAGGAUUACGGACAAGACGAAGACGCUGCACAGAAGCUUCUCGCCCGGCACAAGGCUCUGCAAAACGAUAUGAACACUUACAAACAAUGGGUCGAGCGUCUGGCUGUGAAGUGCGCCGAGUUGGUCGACUCCCAUCGGCCCCACGUCGACCGCUUCUCCAACAAGCAACGCGACCUUGAGGCCGAAUUCGAUCGUCUUUCCGAGCUGGCCGAUAAACGUCGCGCGCUGCUGGAAGAGACGCUGUGUUUGCACGAAUACCUGAGGGAAAGCGCCGAGCUGGAGCAGUGGAUCAACGAGCAGCUGCAGACGGCGAUGAGCGAAGAAUACGGCGAUGACUACGACCAUUUGAUGGACCUGCGGACGCGCUUCGAAAACUUCCGCACCUCGGUCAAAUCGGGUAGCGAGCGAUUCGUCUCCUGCGAGCAAGCGGCCAACUCUAUUCUUCGUCGCAACACGCCGUUUGCCCGGGAUGUGCUGAAGAGGCAAGAACGACUCAGGACGGUCUGGCACCUCCUCGUCGAAUACAUGGAAUCGCGUGAGCAAAAGCUGAAGGCGGCCGAAGAACUCCAUCGCUUCAACCGCGACGUCGCCGAGCAUGAGCAGCGCGUCGCUGAAAAGCUGAGCAACAUGCCGACGGAGCUUGGCCGUGACGUGAAGCAAGUGCAUUCGCUCUGGCAAGCCCACGAAACUUUCGAGAAGCAGCUGGUCGAUAUGAAG